AUGGAAGAUGUAAAAGUCAAGGACACCGUCAUGGUAUAUGGCUACAAGGCCACAAUCGAACAUAUAGAAGAAAUCGAAGCGGGAAAGGCUUCCCCCGAAAGGAGAAAAAUCUACGCAGCGAAGUUUAUCAAUAGGGAUGGCUACACAGAUGGUGUGUACAGGAACGAACGGGUGUUCACUCCGGAAGAUGGAGCCCUCGUCGUGUUCUGUUUGCGCGAUUCGAUCAGACCUUUCAAUGAAACAGAAAGCGCAUGCAUAAGAAUACAAAGAGCAUUCAGGGGACACAGAGCCAGGAAGGAAUUCCACUCCUUCGUCUCCUCCCUAGUGUGGAGAAAAUUUGAGCACCUCCACGAAAACAUGACCUUGAAUAAUCAUGACGAAAUUUACAAGCCCCUCAUCAAAGCAAUAAACGAAGACAUAAAAAAUGGCAAGAUUCAGUUCGCAUCGAAAUGCUUUUCCAGUAAUUCCAAUCAGUUCUCUCGCAUCUCCACGACGUCCUACGAGUCCACCGCCUACGACGAAAAUGUACCAAAGUUGAAGGACAAAAUCGAUAAAGCCUUCGCCAUGGAGCUCUUCCAUUUCUUUUUAACAACAAAGAAUUACGUCCUCCCAAACAACCUGGUGUGUAAGAUCCUCACGAAGACGCAAAAGAUGCUGGAGGAAAAUAUCAAGACCUCCGUGAUACACGUGGACAUGACGAAGAAGUCGAAAGACACCAAAUUGAUUAUCCUGGGAGACGUGCACGGCCAGCUGAACGACGUCCUUUGGCUAUUUAACCGAUUUGGAUUACCGUCCUCCAACAACAUCUACAUCUUCAACGGAGACAUCGCCGAUCGAGGAGAAAACGCCACGGAGAUCUUCCUCCUCCUGUUCACGUUCAAGUUAAGCAGUUACGACAGCGUCAUAAUUAACAGGGGGAACCAUGAGUGCUCCUACAUGAACGAAGUGUACGGUUUUUACAAUGAAGUCCUCUCCAAGUACGACAGUGCCGUCUUCGACCUGUUCCAAGGGGUCUUCGAAUUGCUUGGCUUGGCCGUAAACAUCCAAAACCAAAUCUUCGUGGUGCACGGCGGGCUGAGCAGGUACCAAGACCUAACCGUUCAAGAGAUAGACGAGCUGGACAGAAAGAAGCAUGAAAUUUUGCACCCGGAGAAAUAUGAAGAUACGAUAAUCUUCGACUUACUUUGGUCUGACCCACAAAAAAAAAAUGGCAUUGGAGGAAACGCACGAGGGAAUAACUGUAUCACAUUCGGACCAGACAUAACGGAUAUGUUUUUGAAAAAAAAUAAUUUCGAUAUUUUAAUUCGAUCCCAUCAAGUACCUAAAACGCUGAAGGGCAUUGAGAGUCACCAUGAGGGGAAGUGCAUUACGUUGUUUUCCGCCUCUAACUAUUGCAAUAAAAUUAAGAAUCUCGGGGCAGCCAUCGUGUUCAACCAAGACCUAACCUUCGAAGUGCAGGAAUACAUGUCGCCCUCGCUGGACGUCAUUCGGGAGACCUUCGAGGAAAACCAGAAGCUCCGCGAGAAGGUUCUCAACUCGUCGAAGAUAGUGGACCUGGAGAAGAAUGUGCAAAGGAGCAACGACAAGAUUUCCACGGAGGGGCAGAUGAAUGAUAUUCUGAACUGCCUAAUCACGUUGAUCUGUCAUGAAAAGAACUCCCUGUGGAGUAACCUCUACACACAGGACAAGGAUAACACGGGCAAGGUCCACAUAAACAUAUGGAGGGAGGAGCUCGAAAAGCUGAGCAGGACGAAGAAGGUGCCGUGGAUAUACCUGUGCAAGAAACUCAAAAUGAUCGAAGACAACCAGGUGCACUACAACAGUAUACUUAACAGAUUCAAAAUUAAUUAUGAACCCAGCCAAAGCUUUAUUAAUACAGAAUGGAAGAGUGAGUGUUUUGAACACCUGUAUGAGGCAUUGCUCAAGGCAGACUUAAGCUUACGUGAAACCCUCAUGGUGUUCGAUAAGAACUUAGAUGGAAAGGUAUCCUUUGCGGAGUUCGAGCAGGUGCUGAAGGAUCUCAACAUAGACCUGUCCAAUGAGCAGAUCCGCAUCCUGGUCAGGUUGAUCAACAGCAACUCGCUAUGCAACCAAGACAGAGCACAGGAGAGUGACAAAAUCGAUGUUGCAGAAUUUAUUGGGAAAAUGAGAGUAUGUUAUCGAUUGGCAAUAAACAAGGAGUACAUAAAUAAUGAUAAAAUUGGGAAGCUAAUCGAGACCAUCGGAAAGCAUAUCCUGGCAGACAGUGCAGACACAGCUAACUUCCAUUAUAAAUUCUACGAGGAAAAUAAUGAGAAGGAUGGAUCGGAGAGGAGGAAGAGAUCCAGUGUGAUCAAAUCCGUUGCCUUGUUUCAGAAAUUUAAAAAUUAUGACAACUUUGGGAAUGGCUACCUCGAUUACGACGACUUCGUGCGGGCGAUCAAAAAUUUCGACAUGAACAAGAUCAGCAAGGAGGUGGAGUUCGACGUGGACGACGAAAUUCUGAUGGAGAAAGGGUCCGAAUCGGUUGACGCGAAGGAUCUGUUGAGCGCAGGGAUCGCCGACAAGUCUGUCAUACAAAAUAUUGAAGCCAAGCUCGGGGGGAGUCCCUGGAAUGUGCAAAGAUUGAUAGACCUCGGCAUAGAUACGAUUCGAAGUGAACAUGCGAACGAGGACGAGAAUGGAGACGGGAAUGAGGUCAGGGAUGAGGACGAGGAUGCAGACGGGAAUGAGGACGAUAAUGGAGACGAGAAUGAGGUCAUGGAGGAGGACGAGCACGAACUGGAGCAGAGGCAAGACAGCAGCGAUGACUUCAUUUCCGACUUGGGGAGUGCGCGCGUGGUGAGGUGCCAAUUGGGGCCUCCCGUCUAUGGGGAGAGUUACGGGGGGGGCGGCGAACAGAGCGGUGCCCACCCGGGUGAUGGCUCCUCCGACGACUCAGAUAAUUUCACCGGAAGUCACGCCGCUGACCAAGCCUCUGACCACGCCGCUAGUCUCACCGCUGACCACACCACUAAUCACAACGCUGACUGCAAUGCAAAUCGUAGUUGUAACCAGCCCGCUAACCACAAUGGCAGCCGAACAGUCGAGCGCCGUGACCGCCAGGGGGAGAGUCCCAUGAAAGAGGCGAACGUCUUUCACACAAAUGUAAAAUUAAAGAGCUGCGCCUCCAUUGCAGAAGAGUUGAAGAAGGAGGCACAACAGAGCUGCAUUAACCUACACCCCGUGGUUAAGGAGUUCAUUUUUUUGUUGGUUUUUUUGUUUGCCCGGAUAAGGGAGGAGGGCAGAGGGGGGGGCACCUCGUGCGGAGAGAACGCUGACCACAGUGCCGACGUCAGUAGUGAUGGGAGCGGUGGAGGGAAGUGCAACAGGGUUCGUGGUGGAAGGAAGUACAACAGGGUUCGUGGUGGAAGGAAGUACAACAGGGUUCGUAGUGGCAGCAAAUGCGACAGAGUUCUCGGUGGAAGUAAAUGCGACAGAGUUCGCGAUGGAAGUAGGGGCCCCACCCCCUAUGCGCUCCUCCCAAAGGGGUCCACCGCAGAAUACGAGGAGGACCACCGCAAUGCUUACCCGGAGGAGAGUAGAAAUAUAACAAAAAGGAAGUACCUGAAGAAGUCUGCCCCCAAAUGUACCUCCAUCUGUAAAAACAUAUGCUGGAAGGAACACCACGAGGAGGAAGACCUUUCGUCCAAUUCUAACUCUACAAGUGGAGAGAGUGACGACGAAGAGGGAAAAAAAAUCCGCUUCAGUAAGUACUCAAAUGGGGAAAAUAAUUUUGCUACAAAUUAUACAAAUAAUCGAUCCUAUCGGAACAGUCCCAAUAAAUGCAAUAGGAGUUGCCCCCAUGUAGAAGAAAUGCAGUCUGUUCUCUUCACUAUGAACGAGGAGGACAAGCAUCAAUACAACAUAGACGAUAUAGAACAAGCAUUGGAAAAAGAAAAUGUGAAAAGAGUAUGCGAAAAAUUUUUUAAACAAAUGGAAAAAGCUAGUCAAACGAAAAAUGAUCGAGUGAUAAAGAAAAACAUCAACUUAAUUACGUCCCUUUUAUAUCUAACUUACACACACUUGGGAUUGUCUCUCCUCAGAUGGAAGGAGGUGUUCCGAAAAUUAUGUCAUGUGAGUAAACAGUUUGAGGAGUAUAAAGAAAAAAGCAGAGAGUUAAAAAAAGAGUUGGAAAAAAAAGUGGAAAAAUAUUUGGAGAAAAUAAAAAGGAGUGAAGAAUGCAGGGAAGAGUACGAAAGAGUUAGGGCUUGCUUUGAGGAUGUAAAAAGGGACAAGGAUAAGAUAAAGAAGUACGAGUGUGUUGUGCAUAGAUUGAGGACGAGGGUUCAUUUGCUGGAGGCGGAUAAAGUUUUGCUUGCGAAAAGGAAAGAGGAGCUGGAGCUCGUGGUCAGACGGAAAGGCGCCUACUUCGCUGGGGGCAGGCAGGGGGGGGAGCUGAAGGCGACCAGCGGGAGGGGCGGCCAGGAGAGGGGCGCCCUUGAGAAGCCCCCCGCCGCGAGGAUAACAAAGUUGGUGCCGAAGCGCCCCCGAGACACGUCAAGUAGGACACAGUGCGCCGUUCAGAGUGACAGGGCUGGAGGCCCCCUCCCGGAUGGAACACACACAUCGGAGAGGGACAACAAUGGUGAGGAAAAAAAGGUGGUGAACCACAUGGUGGAGAUAUCCCCACUCGAUAAGCACUACGUGGAUAAAUCAAUCGCCCCUCCCAAGUCCGGACCGAUAAAAGAAAGAGAAACGAACAAAUCAGCACUCCUUAUGGUAAGCAAAUCCAUACAGACGAUGGAAGAGAUGCAGUUGGGGGGAGAGAAAAAGAGUUGGUCUGAUACACUGUUCAGGGGGGAGGAAGAAACAGGGGAGCGCAACCCGGAGGGACUGCUGCAGUUGGGGGGGAGUCCUCUCUGCUUGGAAGAAACCACAGAUGUGAUGGGAAGUGAGAACGAAACAAGCAAGGGGAGAACCUCGAAAAAAGGAAUACCCAAUGAUCGAAGGGGUUCCAAACGAAGAGACGACGCUUCACCAGUCGCGCUGGAGAUCCAUCGGAUGUACAGAAGGACGGCACUGGUCCAUGUGGAGUCCACUCACCUGACUCUAUGUCUCCCGCUUUUCAUGAGACACGGGAGAGACAGCGCGGUGUUGGAAAGGUACCAUUUUGGUGAGGCUGUCCAAUUUGAAAAAAAUUUUAAAAGGGGAUUCCUCCGUGUAGAGAUGGAAGAAGCACUGAGGGGGGGACUCUCCAAACGAGUGGUCACCCCCCUGUGGAGGAAAAUCAUAAUUGAAAACUUGUGUGGCUACCUGGAGAGAAUGCAUCUCAGUGGAGUUGCACCUACUGUCCAUGUGCGACUCGUUCACGAAUUGGCAGAUGUUUAUUCACGCUUUACUUUAUAUGACGAGUGGGUAGACGAAAUAGGAGUUAUAAGUGUCAAAUGGAUUGGUCGUGCUGUCCGUUCCUUCCAAGACUUCCUCGAUCGACUGUCUUCCGCAACGAGUCACAUUCUAAGUCACCUCCUCUCGAGGCAGGAGAGCAUCUCACAGAGUGGGGAAGCCUUCAUCUCCUCGUUCUGUUGGCAUUUCUUUAGAGGGGGAAAUGAGCUGAUUGUAAUGCGCCAUGAUGAUAUGUGUGCAGAGGGGGACGACUCCAGUGCUGCUUUUUUAUCCGUGGAGGGGGGAAGUGAAAGCCGAGUCGGUGGGCUCCUCUGCGAUGGUUACCUAUUUGAGGAUCCCCUAUUUGAGGUCCACCUCCAUGGCGACGAAAACCGUUACACUAAUGACACCACCACACAAGCUAACUCAUCAGAAGGGCUAAACUUUUUUGGAGCUUUCCCCCACGUUGGUGUCUACAUCCGGGGGGUGACCCACCAUGGCCCGUCCACGGUUAACACACAGAGGAGGAGAGGAGCAUUCCCAUGGAACAGGAUGGACAAGAGGGUGGAGACUCACACCAACAGGAAGGAUUUACAACUUCAGGGAGGAGAUCAAAUUACUCUCCAUGGAGGUUCCCCCUUAAACGAGAUCUACCCAAGUCAUGAGAGUAAAAAAAGAAGUGAAAAAAAAAAAGAAGCGUCGCGAGAUGGGAAGGCCUUCUCCGCUCUUCAUUUCACUCACCCAAUCGGCGCAGUGCCGUUUACACCCCUUCACCAACACAUUUGA